CAGUGCAUUGCGUGAUGUUAUUCUUAAAAUAGUGUUCUGAAGAUAAAUCAAUGAAUAUUAAGAAUAUAUUGAUUAUAUUUAUUGUGGGUUUCAGUAGUAAUCAGUAGGGACUGUUUUCUGAUUUAUAUUCGUUCGAUUGCACGCCUUGCGUUUUUAUUCAACAUAUAGGCUUAUCGCUUACAAAGUUGCAAUCUUUUCAUGAUACCGGUAACUCGUUCGUAUUCCGAAUAGCUUCGAUUUUAUUGGAUUCCGCAAAACUAAUGCAGCAAAACUCGCGAUCUUAAAGAAUCACUACAGUUCCAGUUUUCAGUUAUAUAUUAUCGUUAGUAGCAUCAAAUGAUGGCGAAAGACAAAAACGAAGUUAUGCCCAAUGGCUAUUUAACCAAAGAACACCUUGCCGGAUUUGAUACUUACAAGUACAGCGCGCGGGAUACGUCGCCUUUAAGCAUCUACUUAAUGCACCCAUUUUGGAAUUGGCUUGUAGAGUACUUUCCAAAAUGGGUCGCACCCAAUUUGAUGACUUUUGCCGGGUUCUUAUUUACGGUGUUGAACUUCGUCAUGCUGUCAUGGUACGACUGGAGCUUUUGGGCAAGCACUGAUCGUCCUGGUUACAGUCCGAUCCCCGACUGGUUCUGGGUCCUAGCGGCAGUCAAUAUUUUCCUAGCAUACACACUGGAUGGAAUCGAUGGGAAACAAGCACGGCGGAUAGGUCUCUCUGGACCGCUGGGAGAGCUAUUUGAUCACGGGUUGGAUUCCUACACGGCGUUCUUCAUUCCAGCUUGCCUGUACAGCAUUUUCGGAAGAGGCGAACUAUCGGUACCCCCCAUUCGUAUGUACUACAUAAUGUGGACAAUAUUUUUCAGCUUUUAUUUGUCGCACUGGGAAAAGUACAAUACCGGAGUCUUGUACCUGCCAUGGGGAUAUGAUCUGGGAAUGUGGGGUUCCGUACUUAUGUAUCUUGCAACUUGGAUGUUUGGGUAUCGAAUGUGGAAGACUGAGCUUCCCGGAGGUAUCUCCGCCGGUCAACUGAUGGAGAUUUGUUUGCAUAUUAGUGCUUUGUCUAAUCUACCGAUGGUAUUGUACAACAUGUACCGAUCCUAUAAGGACCGUACUGGUAAACUGCGAACAGCGAAAGAGGCUCUAAGACCACUUUUUACGUACGGAACAUUCAUGUUCAUCUCACUAUUGUGGGUUUUCGUGUCACCAAAUGACAUUAUGAGCAGGGACCCACGAGCAGUAUAUAUUCUUAGUGGAACCAUUUUUAGCAACAUAAGCUGUCGACUGAUAGUAGCUCAAAUGUCUAACACAAUUAGCGAAACUUUCAAUUGGAUGACCGGGACUCUGUGUGUUGCAGUUUUGCUGAGUAUCACAGCACCCGCUAUUGAGCGACCACUUCUGUAUAUUCUAGUCAUUGGUUCUACAUUAGCUCAUUGGCAUUAUGGAACAAUCGUGGUUCAGCAAAUGUGCAAACAUUUCAAUAGAACGUGUUUUAAGGUUACUAAACCAAAAGAAAUCAAUCAAUGAGAUUCAAGUGUAAGCGAAAAAAGUUUGCAGCGUGUUCCGUAAACUCAAGUGCACCGGAAGAGUCAGCAUCACAUCACAUGUAAAUGGAGAUAAAUAGUAUUUGUUAUAGAUAGGGAGCAUAUACAAGAAAAACGACCACCUCAAUUUGUGUUAAUAAUUUAUUGUAUUUUCUUGUAUUUUUUAUUUUAACUUCUUUUCCUUUUAAUUGUUUUAUUUAUUUUCACCGCAUUAUUUAACCAUCGACCAGUGAUAGUGUCAGUUUACAGUUCUCGAAAUUUAACAGAAUACUUCGUAUGGUUCAAUUAUCUUAGCGUAUAUCCUACUAAAGAAACUAUAAUAUUCCAAAGAAUGUCAGCUUUACGGCAGUUCUCGAUAGAUAAAAUGCUUACAUCGUUGUAUUUUAAGAUAAAUUUUUGUAGCUGAACAGUAUUCAACAGAUAACAAGCUUUUGAUAGAAUUGUCAAUACUUAACAUCAUGACAAUAACAUAGGUAGCAUCAACAUAAGAGUUGAAGCACAUCUGCUUCGAUUAAUAAUAAUUACAAUAGAAAUCAAACUAAAAAUAGAUUCUUGACUCCCUCUGUCGCUUUUUUGUUAUACCAGCCUUUUCCGCAGUAUUUUUCCUAUUUCACUGUCUACUAAUCAUCUAGGCUUAACGUAAGGCGGAUAACUGUGAUGCAACAUAACCAGCUUAAGAAAAAUGUUUGUUUUAGUAGUGGAGAUUGAAUGGAAACAACCAAUACUGUACAUACAUUCAUUGUGUCAUCCAAUUAUAAACUAAUGAGAUGUGUGAACGAUUCUUCCUUAUCACUGAUAUCCUCAAAAACUGAACAGGAAUUGAUAAAGCUGUUUCGCUUUUAUGUAGAAUGUUCUGUCUGCACAGCUAGCCAGAAUUAUCGAUUACUUUUUAUGUAAUAGCAUUUUAUUAUUUUAACGACUCAACAGUUGCAGUUUAUUGUGUCAUAUUUCUCGUGAAUAAUUAAGAACUACUUGUAUGAAUCCUAAAUAUCAGCUCGAUGUAAUGAUUUCAAAAAACAAAUCACUUCAGAUAACGAUAAACAAAGACAGGAUAUUGUAUUCAUGACAGUUUGAGAAAGUCUCAAUUACUUCAAAUUAGUGUAUGUCAAUUCAUGUAUAUCUUAAAGUGAUCAAAAAAUAA